CUCUUCUCUCUCGGGCAUCAAGAACCCUUUUCUGAAGGUGUCCUCCAACGAGAGAAUCCCUAAAAAAGCCCUAUUUUCCUCUGCUACUCUCAAUCCUCGCAGUUAUAAUGGCCCCUGCAGCCCUUAAUAAGAAAAAGGUCACAAAAUCACAAAAACCUCCACCUCAAAAGAAGCAAAAGAAGGAAGUUUUCACUGCUAAGCCUCCAAAGAAACACGACAUUUCUGAUGAUUCUGAUAGCCCAACUGAAGAAAUAGUAGAUCAUGAAGGACUUUUUGAAGAAGAAAAUGAAGAAGAUGGGUUUGAUUCUCAUUCUGAAGCUUCUUCUGAUGGAGAUGAUCCAUUCACUGAUGAUUUCCUCCAAGGAGGUGAUGAUGAAGAGGAAGGUUCAGGUUCAGGUUCAGAUUCAGGUUCAGAUUCAGAUUCAGAUUCAGAUGAAUUUGAUAUUGAGAAGAAGUCAAGAGCUAUUGAUGAAGAAAGGGCAAGGGAAGAAGAAGAAGCAGGGGCUGAAAUGCAGCUCAACAUUAAAGAAGAAUCUGACGAGUUCAGAUUGCCAACCAAAGAGGAGCUUCAAGAAGAGGCACGCCAACCCCCUGAUCUCCCAAAUCUUCAGCGGAGGAUAAAAGAAAUUGUUCGAGUACUGUCAAAUUUUAAGUCUUUGAGGCAAGAGGGGGCUCAACGGAAGGAUUACGUUGAGCAGCUCAAGGUCGAUUUAGGUUCAUACUAUGGUUACAACGAAUUCCUCAUUGGGGUUUUGGUGGAGAUGUUUCCUGUUGUUGAACUUAUGGAACUUAUUGAAGCUUUUGAAAAACCUCGACCUAUUUGUCUACGGACGAAUACCUUGAAGACACGUAGAAGGGAUUUGGCUGAUGUUCUGUUGAACAGAGGGGUAAAUUUAGAUCCCUUGAGCAAGUGGUCAAAAGUUGGUUUGGUCGUGUAUGACUCACAAGUGCCAAUUGGUGCCACUCCUGAAUAUAUGGCUGGUUUUUACAUGCUGCAAAGUGCAAGCUCAUUUUUGCCUGUGAUGGCUCUUGCCCCUCAAGAAAAGGAACGGAUUGUUGAUAUGGCGGCUGCACCUGGUGGGAAGACAACCUACAUUGCUGCUCUUAUGAAAAACAGCGGGAUGAUCUUCGCAAAUGAGAUGAAGGAGCCAAGGCUCAAGUCACUCACCGCAAAUUUACAUCGUAUGGGUGUCACGAAUACUGUGGUCUGUAACUACGACGGAAAAGAGCUGCCCAAGGUUUUGGGUCACAAUACAGUUGAUAGAGUGUUAUUGGAUGCCCCUUGCAGCGGGACUGGGGUUAUAUCAAAAGAUGAAUCCGUCAAAACUUCUAAAAGCUUGGAAGAUAUACAGAAAUGUGCUCAUUUACAGAAGCAACUAAUACUUGCUGCCAUUGACAUGGUGGAUGCCAAUUCAAAAUCUGGGGGAUAUAUUGUCUAUUCCACGUGCUCGAUAAUGAUUCCUGAGAAUGAAGCAGUUAUAGAUUAUGCACUGAAGAAGAGGAAUGUAAAACUUGUACCAUGUGGACUUGAUUUUGGGCGUCCUGGGUUUACACGGUUUAGGGAACAUCGGUUUCAUCAAUCAUUAGAAAAGACUAGGCGUUUCUAUCCCCAUGUUCACAACAUGGAUGGAUUUUUUGUGGCAAAGUUGAAGAAAAUGAGCAACUCUAAGCCAAAUCCAACACCUUCAGAACCAUCAGAAGUGGAGGAGCAAGCUCCUGAGGAAAAUGACAGCGACAGCGAAUUGAACAUGGGAGAAAAAACUCAACAGCAUCCUGGUAAAAGAGGGACAAAAAAGGAAAAUGGGGGUUUGAAGAAUGCAGCUCCUGAAAAUGGGAAAAAAGAAUCCCCAUCCACCACCACAAAGAGGAAGAAGAGGAAAUUCCCUUCCAGAGAAGAAAUCUCAAAAGCCAGAGAAGAGAAGAGAAAAACUAUGAGGGAAAAGAAGGGUGCAAGCAAAAGGAGUUGAAGUUAUUACUCGUAUGACAGCAGCAGCAGCAGAACAUAAAGAGCCAAGUGCUAAGCAGACAAUAUUUUUGGGGUGUAUUCAGGGCUAAGUCAGGCAUGCGAGAAGAGGAUUCAACCAAGAAGCAAAGAAGUAGAACAGCUUCUAACAGUGUGAUGGAACAGACAGCUACAUUUUGGUUUUGAAGGAGAAGACUUAAAAGUUAACUUGGCCUUAUGGGGCACAGCCCCAGUCCCAAAAUUUUUGUUUUCCUUUUUAUUAUUGUUUGUGUUGUAUUAGUCUUUCAGUUGUUUGGGCAGAAUUGUAUGCAUCCACUUUAUGAUAAAAGCAUAUAGUUUAUCUA